UACCCGUGCAUUAAUUUGAUCAAUGCGAUAUAGUUUAGCGGGAGUUUCAAGAGUAACACUUGUUGAUGAAACCAAUAUGGCGGCCUCCAGUAACAUUGAGGACUGGCGAAAUUUAUUGAAAAAACAUCCGUUAUUUGAGUUGAUAGCUUCCAAAAAUACGGAGUCCAGGAAUGACAAUGAUUCAAAAGACAUACUGACAGUGAAGGAUGGCGAAAUUUUUAUAUGGAAUGCAGAAGACAGCAACAUUCUCACGACGAAUUUGAAAAACCUUGCUCUUAACAACGACAGAACAUCUGCGUAUCAGGCAUUGCUAUGCACCAAUCCACCCGUUUUUGAUGUACAAAGGAUUGAAUUCAGCUUGACUGGCCACCACUUGGCUUUGAUAGGAGAAAGAGGAUUAACAGUAGUGCAAAUGCCAAGGAGAUGGGGAAAGCAUGCAGAUUUUGAAGGGGGGAAGGAGAAAGUCAGUUCACGGACUGUCAACAUUGGUGAACGAUUUUUUGCAAGCAGUGGAAAUAUCAAGCUAUUACAGGCAGCCUGGCACCCAGGAAGUGAAACAGACACCCAUCUUGUACUUUUAACAUCUGAUGAUUGCCUUAGGAUAUUCAAUAUUGCAGAACCUUAUGAGGCUGAACAAACUUUUGCAUUAUCUGAUUACUAUGAUCAUUCACUUGCGGGUGGCAAAACAUCAAUAAUGGCAGCACUUGGAGAGUUGGCUGUGGCUUUUGAUUUUGGACCAGCUGUUGAACUGAAGUCUAAAGGAACAAAAGAACAAAAAGAAAUAGCUUGGCCUGUUUAUCUCCUUCGUGGAAAUGGAGAAGUGUAUGCUGUUUUAACUAGUGCAGGUUCAAAAAGGUUGAAAUCUAAGGUAGUGGGUCCUUUGACCAUGCAUCCUCCUGCUGAGGACAACUAUGGUACAGAUGCCUGCUCUCUCCUGUGCAUCCACUCCACUCCACCAGUACUAGUUAUAGCUACAAGUGAUGGUAAUUUGUACCACUGUGUGGUUCUCAAUAAGGGCGAGGAUGAUGAUUCUUUAUCUGAGGUAUCUUGGACUGGGACUGAAGCCAGCACACAAUAUGAUACACUGUCAGAAACAUCACUGUAUGUGUAUGAGAGAGUGGAACUGGAGCUGUCACUAACUACUGUUGCUGUGGAAACUGAUGAGCUGAUUGAAGAUGAUUUUACUUGCCCAAUAAGACUGCAUACAGAUCCAAGUACAAAAGACAGAUAUCAUUGUUUGCACAGUGCAGGGGUACAUGCAGUGGUGUUACCUUGGUUAAACAGACUAGAAGAUUUUACAGAAAGUAGUUCAGAAUCUUUACUUGAAGUUGGUCAGCAAGAAGCAGUAGUUGAACACAUCAUCUGCACAAAACCUUUGCCCUCAAGUCCUGCCUGUCCAGUCAUGGGGUUAGAUAUAGUGGACAACCAUUUAUUGGGAACAACACUGAUAAUACUUACAGCAGCAAUGGAGUGCUUAACUGUACCUUUGGUUACCAGCUACAGAAGUUCACCACCACCUUUAUUGUCUUCAUUAGCCAGUGAAAAAAUUCCAUCCCCUUUAAGAAGAUUGCAGAGAGAGCCAUUUGAUCAGUACAUUAGAAAGAUAUUACGCAGGGAAUCAUCAAAUCCCUUGCUCAGAAGUGCUGGUAGAACAGAUCUGACACAACAACAGUGUUUCCAACUACUGAGCAGGGCGACACAGGUGUUCAGAGAGGAAUACAUUCAAAAGCAGGACUUAGCCAGAGAGGAAAUUGAGAAACGAGCACAUGUACUUAAAGAUCAGAAACAGCAUCAGCAGAAAGACCUAGAUCACUGCAGAAUGUUACAAACUCAGCUGACAGAGAAUGCCAGAGAAUCUGCUGAAAGAUACGAAGAUUGUGUGGAAAAACAAAGUGAAAUACUCUCUAGAAUACAAAAUAUUUUACGAAAAUUAGAGGAAAGAUCUCCAGUUUUGUCCGAUGCUGAGAAAAAUAUGCAGAAGGAACUUAAAGCCAUGUCAGAAAAAAUUACUUAUUUUAAGAAAUCUUUAGAUUUGGUUAAGGUUAAAAUGAAUUAUCAAAAGCAGCAGAAGUCACGACAGACAAGAACUUCCAGACCAAUGAUUAGUGGCUCACAAACAAAGCAAUUGAAAAGCGUUCUUAAAGAUCAAGGUGACCAGAUAACACAGCUUGUCAAAGAAGUUGGAGAGCUAAAAACCAAACUUGAUAUUUAAAAAAACAAUUUAGAAAUAUUUCUUUGCUGAAAUGGCAGCAAAUGUAAACUUAAUUUCCAAGGAAAUGAUUGAAAGCCAAAAGAAUAUAUAAGUUUGCCAUAGAUGUUGCCACUGGCUUUUAACUGACACGUGCAAGACAAAGAGAGUUAUAUGCCAAAAGUUUAAUGUACAAACUCACUGUUGCAUCAGUGCUCAUUUGCACAACUGUUUAUAAACUAACCUAGCCUUUACAGUAUGUACAAUUUGUUUCCUCUGAUAUGGGUUUUUGAAAAGUAUGGUCCAUAUUCUCUAUAGAAAAAAUGUGAAUGCUACAACAUAUGGUUUGGGGAAACAAGUCUGAAGAGUUAUGGUUCCCACGACUGCCCCACUCCAAGGGAGUUUUGUGCUCAUAUGAUGAUGUAAGUUCUUCAUCAAGUAAGAUAUGAAAUCAAAUGCAUAAAGCAAUAUCCCAAAAAAUCAUUGUUGAUACCUUUAUGAUACCUUUAAAAGUAACUUAAUGGUUGAGGUUAUUACUAUCAGUUGAAUAUGGAGCCUAGUGAAGUUGAUACAUUGUUUUUCAGCAAGUGUAUAUGUCAAAAAUGUAAACAUUGAUGAGAAAUUUGCAAUGUAUUUUUAUAAUAAAAGUUUUAAAUUACA